ACGGCUAGGGCUUUCAUUCGAGUUUGCUGGUGGUUGUGAAUGCAUCAAUCCCAUUUCUUCUUCAGUCCGAGAAUCAAGAAAGAAAUAUUGUACCCAGAUUGCCACAGGUUUGAGACGGAACGAUGAAGGGACUUUUGCUUAUUUUGGCUAGUCUUGUAGCCAUUGCUACAGGUCAAGACUGCCCUGCAUACUAUGUCCGGAGUAGCUCCGGUGCGUCAUGUUACAGGUAUUUUAAUAUUCCACUGGCAUACCAAUGGGCCAACGAGUUUUGUGAAAUGGUUACCCCGUGUGGAAAUGGUCCAGCUGUCAUGGGUUCAUUAGCUGCUCCAAAGUCUCCUCAAGAAAACAUGGAAAUCUACCAACUGGUGGCCAGUUUCUCACAGGACAAUCAAAUGAAUAGGGAGGUCUGGCUGGGAUGGAAAAGCCAUUCUCCUUUCAACUGGGAAAACGGAGCCCCUGCGUUUCCACAUGGAUUCUCAGCUUUCGAUGGCGGCCAGUUUCAGGGUGGUGGUGCUUGGCCUGUAAACCCAGGAAACCUUUUUUCGGCACAGUCAGCCUUUGCUCCUGUCAUGCGACGUGAAUUUGGUACAAUUCCAGGGCGAGUUGAUCCAAACGGUAGGAGGAUACCCCCAAUGGAGGGACCUAUCUGGUACAUCCAGGAACUAACAGGACACGAACAUGCUUUUGUCUGCGAAGUUCCUGCAGGACAGUCGUUACUCGUGCCACAACAACCAACGAACCCAAACUUUGGCAACCGACCAAACCAACCACCUUCUAGACCUAACCGACCAUCUACCCCGAACAAUCCUUUCGGCCCUAACCGCCCAACUACUCCGAACAAUCCUUCAUUUUCCCCAAACCAACCUGGUACUGGUAAUCCACCAAAUCCUAACCAGCCCAACCAACCCAACACGCCCAACCAGCCCAACCAACCCACCAGGCCUAACCAGCCCAACCAACCUCAGCCGCGUCUAUUCCAAUAGGUUCUUCUGGGUCAAUGCCGCUUCCCUCAAAGAUCGAACAUUAACAGGGGUAAUCUUGUUAGUUGUACAAAUGCUGAUACUGCUUCAUUCAGAAUAUUAUUGUGUCGACGUCUUUGGUGUAUGUAAUUGGUCGCUUGAAAAGAGAUUUAUUUUUCUCAGAAAGAGGAGCAUGAUGGAAGUGUCUGAUCGUUCUUUUAUGCAACUUCAGCAACAAAAAAAGAAAAUGAUAAACGUGAAUCCAGAGACUGAAAAAUACCCCACCCCCUUUUUCAAUUUUUCGUUAACAUGGUUAAAAGUGAUUUCAAUCAGUCCGUCAUAUUCUAUUUAAGCCUUUACCAUAGUUUAUGGGCAUGACUCAGACCUAAUUUCAAGAGUUUUUUUUUUAUUUCUAAUCCCAGCUAAAUUACAGUUCAUAGCGCAUCUUCAUUUGCAUGAGAUAUUAGCGAUUUCAGUUAUAGGUAAACACGUUAAACGAUAAAUUGAACUAACGCAAUCAGAUAGACCUCAUGCAGUGACAUCGCCUCGCCGCAAGCUAAGAGGGUAAAGACAUUGCCUCGCAUGUAUUGGUGAUCUGCAAAUGGCGCAACCCUGACAACUCUGUUUACGCGUUUUCCUAUAUCCUCUGAGGGAGGGCGCUAUGAGAUUAUGACGCCAUAUGCAUAAGGUCUAUUACAAGCUGGAUUUUUUUUGGGGGAAAAUAAUGAUUCUAUGCCAAAAGCCAGGAGACAUUCAAAAUGAUUAUCUAUAAAAACUAUUUCUGAUUUAAGGAAAUUAUAAUUUAAGAUAAAUAAUUCUAUCUGGGAAUUUACUUUCCCAGCGGAAAUUACUAUAAUUUUGUUGUCGACGUAAAGAAUCCGAAAGAUCUAAGUUUUUAAUGUUAUUCUUUAACUUGAUGCCAAAUGUAAUUGCAAACAUUAUCUAAAUUUACAUAUUUUUAUUUACUUACGUUACGGCGAUUGAUAGAUGCGUGCAUUAUAUUCAGAAAACCAUGUAACAGUAUAUACUCUUAUUAGCUGUUGGCGUCUUUGCCUUUACAUUGUGUUUUGCCUUCGUAUAAUUGACAAACUUAAUUUUCUAUGUUUUCUUUUUCAUAUUUAUAAACACUCGCCUUACAAUGAAUGAAGACUUCAAUAAAGAUAAUUCGUACUGUUUA